AUGGUGGCAGAACAGCACGAAAACAAUGCUUCUUCGACUAAUGGCGUUGAAGGGCAGCAAGCACCCGGAGAAGGGAGUACCGAUGAUAAAAACAGAAUGCUGAGGCACCCUCGAUGGUCGAGACAAGAAACACUUAUCCUCAUAGAAGGCAAGCAGAUGGCAGAGAGCCGAGGUCUGAAGUGCCGGAGAUCCACUUCAGUUUAUGCAUCAUACCAGCUCGAAUCCAAGUGGGACUCUAUCUCUUCAUUCUGCAAACAGCAUGGUGUGAAUAGGGAACCAGUCCAAUGCAGGAAAAGAUGGAGUAACAUCCUCGGUGAUUUCCGGAAAAUAAAAUUAUGGGAAUCACAAGUAAAAGAAGUUGCAGAUUCAUUCUGGAUGAUGAGGAAUGAUUCUAGGAGGGAGAAUAAACUGCCAGGCUUCUUUGACAGGGAAGUAUAUGAUGUUUUGGACGGGAAAUCACUUGCUGCAACUGCAUAUCCCUUAAAGGGGGUCCUGAUUGCAGAUACAAGGAACUGCUGUGGGUUGAAACCGGUCCUUGAAGAGGAAGAGGAGGCCAAGGCAAUAUUUGAUAGCAGCAGACAUGCUGCUGCUGACAACGGUCUGUUGUCGGAUUUUCAACAGUUGGCACAAGAGAAGGAUGGCAAAAGCAUAGAGGAGGAACCAAGAAUUGAAGAUAAUCCUACAAAGACAGAUCCUAAACCAAUGCAUGUUUCGGAAAUUACAGGAGGAAAACAGAAAGGCUUGAAUUUUCAAAGGGGAUUUACGUCUAACAAGGGAAGAAAGCGGCAACUAUCUGUGGAUGGAUGUCAAGGCACCAACCUCGAGAGACAAUUAAUCAGGGCUCUGGAGAAAAACAGUAGAAUGUUGAAUGUACAACUUGAAGUACAAAAUAUGAAUUAUCAACUGGAAAGGGAGCAGUGGAAGGACCAAAAUGACAGCUUGGUUGCUGCUCUAAGUAAGAUUGUAGAUGCCCUAGGAAAAAUUGCUGAUAAGUUAUGA